CUUUAUAUUCGCAGCUGAGUGGCAAUGAGCGGGAAAGGAGUGGGGACAGUCGAAGCGAAUGCACCGUGUAGCAUAAUCUUAGGGGAAUCGUUUGGUGCGCUGAUUAUAUUUACAAGACCGGCAGCAGGAGGGAGAAGCGUCGCACUUCGUUGACAGGCGAGCGGAGAUCUGUAUCAGUUUGGUCUAAACAGUACCGGUUUCUGUAUCUCACACUAAGCAUGGGCUCCCGUUCCAACAUUGUCAUCAGUCUGGGAUUAGCAUUGAUUUGUCUUCGUUGUGGAUUAUCUUCAGGUACUUCACUGCAACCUGUCAGGAACCUGACAUGGAAGUCAUUUAAUUUCCGCACUACACUACAGUGGGAGGUGACCUCUCAAGACUCAGUGUACACUGUGAGGCUACACAGCAUGAAUUCAAACUGGAAAAAGAAGCCAGAAUGUGUCCUGGCCAAAAUUACAAGCUGUGAUGUGACCAGCCUGAUGCAGAAUGUAACAGAUAGCUACGUUGCUGAGGUGGAGACCCACAGUGCAGAACCGACAGAGGAAUUGGAAGAGUCACCUUUUGUCAGAUCUAGCCAGUUCGAGCCCUUAAAGCAAACUGACGUUGGAGAAGCAAGCUUUCAAAUUUUUAAAAAGAGUCAAGAUGAGAUUGAAGUGUUAGUAGAAGAUCCACUUACAGGCAUCAUGUUUCCUAAUAAGACUUCAAAAACUCUGCGUGAUAUCUAUGGGACAGAUCUCAAAUACAAGGUGUUUUACUGGAAAGAUGGCACAAGUGGCCAGAAAACUCAAACUGACAACAAUCAAAGAAUAAUUAUUAAGAUUGACAAGGGAGUCAAUUACUGCUUCUUUGUUCAAAUCCACAUUACAUCACCAUUCAAAAAUAGCCCAAAAUCUCAAAGCAAAUGCACAGAUCUUCAAACCACAGAGUAUGGCCUUGGCCUCUAUGCCAUAAUAAUAGUAGGAGCACUGGUGGUCAUCAGCGUUAUCAUUGGGGUGACGGUGUGUUUGUGCAGACGUAAAACUGUUCACAACAAUGCGGAGACAAACCCUCUGAAGACGGUGUCUGCAUAAUUCAGAAGAAAUGUGUCUUGAGCGACAGGUCACAUCGUGAGCUGCUGGUUGGAUUUUUGUAAAAAUUUCUUCACUGACAAUAGGGAGCGAACGACUCCUGUAGCAUGUGUACCUCACAAGCAUAACUGACUAUUCACAGAUGUAUGGUGAAAAGAAAGAUUUUGUUUCUAUGAAACAUUAUCACCAUAUCAAGCAAGCAGGGAACUUUAUUUACUUUCUGAAGCACUAAUCGCGAAAAAGAAAUUCUAAUUGAUUGAUAAGGCACUUUCAUAUUUUUUCAUGCUAUCAAUUUUUAAAGGAUGUUCUGGAAUGUUGUGCAAGCAAGGAUGUUAUAAAUUUAUUCCAUUUAUUUAAUGACAAAGUCUUAACUAUUUUUCUUUGAACUGAAGUGCACCUUGAGGAAUCUUUGGUACAUUUGGGUGUUGUAAUUUUCUUGUUUGUCUAUCAAAGGGGGAUAUAUCUUUUUAAAUGUGUGUGUUUUUAAACUUUUUUAAAUAGAAAUAACUGACACUACUUAAGAAGUGAUGG